CUAACAUUAUAAUAAAAAUCCAUCCUUGUAAAGAGUAUUGUGAAGAACCGUCCCGAGUAGCAGAGGAAUUUAAAUUGAGUUAUUAUUGUUAUUUUCGUAAAAAUUUUCUGUGGGUAAUAUGAAUGGGUGAGGCAUGUGGGUGAAGCCAGCCACAGCGAAGGGAAGAAUCCAAACCCAUCUCCCUCCCGAGUAUAGUCACUUGAGUCUUGGAAGAUUUUUUCCACUUUCUCAUCUUUCAAAAACCACCACAAAACCCACUUACCAAACUCUCUCUCAAUCCCUUCUCUCCCCCGCAUACAAGCUGUUUUGAUGGCAGAGAAGCUGAAGCUCUCUCUCCCGGUUCUCCUACCAGGUCCACCUCCCUCAAAACCACUCUUCUCAGACCACCACUUGUCCACAACCCCCUCUCCGCCACCUCCCAUUACCCCUCUUCUCCAAAACUUCCAACCGCAUACCCAAACCCCAAACCCCCAAUCCCCAAUAAUCCCCAGACGCCGCAGACGUAUCGGGAAGUCUCAAGACGCCAACCGUGGAAAGCCAUGGUCUCACGGCCGUCUCUCGCCGCCAGGUCAGCGAAUUCUGCAAACCCUAAUCGACCCCACAUUUAAUCUUGCUCAAAUUGAUGAGCUCUUACUUGAAUUGUUCGAACAACAGCCGGGAGAAUCGGAUUUUAGUGUGGAGUCGCUGUCUUUGGAUGUUUUGGGUAUUGUCAAGGGUUUAGGGUUUUACAAAAAAUGUGACACUGCUUUGAGGGUAUUCGAGUGGGUUCGGAAUCGGAAAGAAUCUGAAUUAUUGUUGAAUGGUUCGAUUAUUGCUGUCAUUAUAAGUAUUCUUGGGAAAGGGGGUCGGGUUUCGGCUGCGGCUUCUUUGCUUCAUAAUCUUUGUAAAGAUGGGUUUGAUGUUGAUGUUUAUGCGUAUACUUCUAUGAUAACUGCAUUUACCAGCAAUGGGAGGUACAGGGAGGCUGUGAUGGUUUUUAAGAAAAUGGAGGAAGUGGGAUGCAAACCUACUUUGAUAACUUACAAUGUGAUUUUGAAUGUGUAUGGGAAAAUGGGUAUGCCCUGGAAUAAAAUGGUUGGUCUUGUUGAUAGAAUGAAGAGUGCCGGGAUUGCCCCUGAUUCAUAUACUUAUAACACGCUUAUAAGUUGUUGUAGGCGGGGGAAUUUGUAUGAAGAAGCAGCAGGGGUUUUGAAGGAGAUGAAAUUAGCAGGAUUUAGUCCUGAUAAGGUGACUUAUAAUGCUUUAUUGGAUGUUUAUGGGAAGUCUAGGCGAUCCAAGGAGGCCAUGGAGGUCUUGCAGGAGAUGGAGGGUAAUGGGUGUCCCCCUAGUAUCGUGACUUACAAUUCAUUGAUUUCAGCUUAUGCCAGAGAUGGGUUAUUGGAAGACGCCUUGGAGCUCAAAAACCAGAUGGUGGAAAAGGGAAUUAAACCUGAUGUUUUUACUUACACUACUCUUUUGUCAGGAUUUGAGAAGGCUGGGAAGGAUAAGGCUGCGGUUCAGAUUUUUGAGGAGAUGAGAAAUGAAGGUUGCAAACCCAAUAUUUGUACAUUCAAUGCCCUGAUUAAGAUGCAUGGUAACAGGGGAAAGUUUACAGAAAUGAUGAAAGUUUUUGAAGAUAUCAAGACAUUCCAGUGUUCACCUGAUAUUGUUACAUGGAAUACACUUCUUUCUGUGUUUGGGCAGAAUGGGAUGGACUCUGAAGUUUCAGGAGUGUUUAAGGAAAUGAAGAGGGCGGGCUUUGUGCCUGAGAGGGAUACUUUCAACACCCUAAUCAGCUCCUACAGUCGAUGUGGAUCAUUUGACCAAGCCAUGGCUGUUUAUAAGAGGAUGCUGGAGGCUGGGGUCAAUCCUGACCUUUCCAGUUAUAAUGCUGUUUUAGCAGCAUUGGCUCGGGGUGGGCUUUGGAAACAAUCUGAGAAAGUACUUGCAGAAAUGAAGGAUGGUCGAUGCAAACCUAAUGAGCUGACAUAUUGUUCUUUGUUACAUGCUUAUGCCAAUGGGAAGGAGAUUGAACGAAUGUGUGCUCUUGCAGAAGAAAUAUACUCUGGCAUAAUUGAACCUCGUGCAGUGCUCUUGAAGACCCUUGUUCUAGUAAAUAGCAAGUGUGACCUUCUAAUGGAAACAGAACGAGCUUUCUUGGAGUUGAGACAGCGAGGGUUUUCACCUGACAUAACUACUCUUAAUGCCAUGGUUUCCAUCUAUGGCAGGAGGCAGAUGGUUGCAAAAGCAAAUGAAAUUUUGGAUUGCAUGAAAAGGGGUGGGUUCACUCCAAGCUUGACAACUUACAACAGCUUGAUGUACAUGUACAGCCGGUCUGCAAAUUUUGAAAGAUCAGAAGAAAUCCUGAGGGAAAUUCUGGCAAAAGGAAUAAGGCCUGAUAUCAUUUCAUACAAUACUGUUAUUUAUGCCUAUUGUAGAAAUGGUCGGAUGAGAGAUGCUUCACGGGUACUCUCAGAAAUGAGGGAGUCUGGGCCUGCUCCAGAUAUAAUUACUUAUAAUACCUUUAUUGCAAGUUAUGCAGCUGAUUCCAUGUUUGUGGAGGCUAUUGACGUUGUCUGUUACAUGAUCAAGCAUGGCUGUAAACCAAACCAAAGCACAUACAAUUCCAUUGUAGAUUGGUACUGCAAGCUUAAUCGCAGAGAUGAGGCAAGCAUGUUUGUCAACAACCUUCGCAAGCUUGAUCCACAUAUUUCCAUGGAUGAAGAAUGUAGGUUAUCAGAACGAAUGGCAAAGAAAUGGUCAUAGGAACCCUUUUCUACAAAUAAUAUUACAGGUCAGUGAACACUCUUCUUGGCCUAUAAUACUCCUGUGCAUCCAGCCCUGUAUCCUGUCUUCCUGUGCCUGUGUUGUGUAUUAUCCAGGCAUGGAAAUUAGCAGAUAUGAUAUUGUUGUACAUAAAUAUUUUUGUCCCUUUUGGAGGUUUAAGAGCUAUAGAUGAUUCAUCAACAUCCGAGUUUGAACUAUUUUUGCUGGUUUGGCAUAUAUGGCCAUCGGCAAUCUUGUAUGUUUCAGAUGAGAGAUGAUGGAAGAGCUGAAUAACUUCCAGGUAUGUAUAGUAAACCUUUGUAGCACUCAAAUGAGAACCACUGAAUAACUUAAGUGGUUGUUUCUGUUAGUUCUUGCAACAUAUUUUUGACAAUCAAGUUGUAAUUUUGAGCUUUUUU